ACAAUUUGUUAAUCCAGGAGGUUCCUUCGUGCUUUCGGAACUCGUACGUUUUUAGGAUUUGAAAGAGGAACAAAGGCAAAUCAUGCCACAUACGAAGCACUGGCUGUACGUUUAGAUUGGAUUUUUUGGGCGUGCGUGGGUGAGGAAUUGCCAGUCUCAGUCUUAUAAAAAUGGCACCGGGAACUAGAAAUCUUCUAAGCCUUACGUAACAGUCGAACGAAUCGAAGUUGGCUAGUUCCACCAAACUCCACAAGAAUCACGUUGGUCCAACUUCGAACAAUCACUCUUUGAAAGAGAAUACAUCGAAGAGGCGCGAGAUGGGAGGUCAGCUGUCUGUAGACAACGUCCACGUCGUCAUCGUUGGCGGCGGCUUUGGCGGUAUCGCGGCCGGACAACGGCUCAAAUCUAACGGAAUCCCCUUCACGCUUAUCGAUCUCCGGAAUGCUUUUCACCACAACGUGGCGGCGUUGCGGGCUUCGGUCCAAAGCGGCUUUGCCAGGCAGACGUUCAUACCCUUCCAGGAGACUUUUGGGGCGAGUUUCCGCCAGGGUCGCGUGGUGCAGGUAGACCCAAAGGCACAGGUGGUGGUUCUGGAAGGAGGAGAGGAAAUCCAUUACUCUCAUCUGAUCCUGUGCACUGGCACGGACGGGCCCUUCCCCGGGAAGUUCAACGCGGUGGCAGACUACCACACGGCCAUUCAGAAGUACGAGGACCUGGUGAAGGAGAUCCAGGCAGCCGCUUCGCUGGUUGUGAUUGGUGGAGGAUCAACAGGGGUGGAGAUGGCUGCUGAGAUCAAAACAGAUUACCCUGACAAAAAGGUGGUUCUGGUCCACUCCCAUGUCGCCCUGGCCGACCCAGAACUGCUGCCCAGCGUCAGGCAGCAGGCCAAGGAGGUGCUGCUGGAGAAGGGCGUGGAGCUGGUGCUAGGACAGAAAGUGUCGAACCUGUCUGACCUGGAGCUGAACGUGACCCGGAAGAACACGACAGUCAUGACCGACAAGGGCACAGAGCUCAUAACUGACAUUGUAAUCAGCUGCACAGGCAACAAAAUCAACAGUGCGGCCUACAGCUCCUCUUUGGGUGGCUGCCUGGCUAAAGAUGGUGCGCUGAAGGUGAACCCGCAGCUGCAGGUGGAGGGCUUUGAGAACGUCUACGCCGUGGGCGACUGCGCGGACGUCAGAGAGCCCAAGAUGGCGUACCACGCCGGGCUGCACGCCGCCGUGGCCGUCACCAACAUCAUCAACAGCCUCUCGGGCAAGGCGCCGACCUCCUACAAGCCCGGGAGCGUGACCAUGCUGCUGGCCAUGGGGCGGAACGACGGGGUGGGGCAGUUCAGCGGCGUGCGAUUGGCCCGCUGCCUGGUCACUCAGGGCAAGAGCAGAGGCCUGCUGCUGUGGAAGAGCUGGAGGGAGAUGGGCCAGAGGGCCCCCACUGAGGCGGCCUGACCGCACCCAGGGGGCCGCACCCAGGGGACCGCACCCAGGGGACCGCCCCCCCACCGCACCCAGGGGGCCCUGAGGCCUGCCGAACUGCACUGCAGGGAGCGCAGGGUCCUCAGACCUUUUAAACCGUCCUGAAGUAAACCCCCCCCCCCCCCCACUGCCACUCACACACACACACAC